GAUAACAUUCAUCAUGGCAAAUUGAGUUCCAAUACCAAACUAAAAGAACCUCAACAGAACCUAACAGGUUAAGGUAAGUUACAAACACUGGCACCAGUAUUAUCAUUAUCGAAACGUUAUCAGACAGAUGCCUCGGUGAAGCAAAAAUUCAAUUGCAAAUUAUUCUUCUCAGACAAGCACCUGUUUGUCACGCAGCACCUUCCCACUACCUGGUCCCGCAUUAUGACCAUCCCUGGUACAGGUACCCAAGAGGCAUAUUUUUACCACUUCCAUCAGUUCUUCGCAGACAAUCGAACCGAACAGAAAUGGCUGUGAAGAUGCACUUCAAACUUCUAAGUCUCUUAGGGUUUGCUUUGUUACCUUUGUUGACUACCGCCAACACUACCACUGAUUACCUGUUUCCACUUUCGAUCGUACACAUCAAUGACAUACACGCGCACUGGGAGGAAAUCGAUACGGCCAGCUUAACCUGUGAUCCGAAACGUGACAAUGCUGCCGAUCAGUGUCUUGGCGGGUACGCACGAACGGUUACGAUUGUGAAGCAGUUGCUGCAGAAGCGCCCAAAUCCCAUCUACCUGAACAUUGGUGAUAACUUCCAGGGUACGCUCUGGUACAACAUCCAUCGUUGGAAUGCAACUGCCUUCUUUCUUAAUCUGCUCCCAGCGGAUGCUGUGACUGUUGGAAAUCAUGACUUCGAUGAUGGAAUUGCUGGUGUGGUACCAUUCUUGGAAGCUCUUAACUCACCCGUAGUGUUGGUUAACGUGGACAACUCCAACGAACCGGCGUUUAGCAAGUUCCGCCCAUCGAUGGUACUCGAGCGAGCGGGACGAAAAAUUGGACUGAUCGGAGUCAUUCUUCGCACCACGUACAAUAUGGCAGACACCGGAGCGCUAGUAUUCGAGGAUGAAGCGGAAACCGUACGGAAGGAAGCAGAUCGACUAGCGGCCGAAGGGGUAGACAUUGUGAUCGUCCUAUCACACUGUGGCCUUGAUGUGGAUCACAUCAUAGCGGCUAAUGCGGGCCCGAACGUAGACAUUAUUGUUGGUGGACAUUCGCACAGCUUCCUGUAUACGGGCCAGAACGAUAAAAUUCCGAUGACACCUGCUUCGGAGUAUCCAACCGUGAUCACACAAUCGGACGGACACCGGGUGUUGAUCGUACAGGCAUCCGCCUACACAAAGUUAGUGGGUGACAUUGUGCUGUACUUUGACGAGCAGGGAAUCAUACAGUACUGGGAAGGCAAUCCGAUCUAUCUCUCGAACGAAAUCGUUCCCGAUGCAGAAAUAAUGGAAGCGAUCGUUCCGUGGAAGGUGGCAAUUGAUGCCGUCGGUGAACGUACGAUCGGUUCGACUGCGGUCGAUCUACUCAAGCCGCCGUGUAACUUUGGUGAGUGCAUUAUGGGUAAUUUGAUUGCCGACUCAAUGGUGCAAGCGUUUGUACCAAUGGCGGAACCGGGUCAUUGGACGUAUGCUUCGAUCGCAGCGAUUGCCGUUGGACGUAUUAGACAAAGUCUAACUCCUGGAGAGAUUUCCUUCAAGCAUCUGAUCGAAGUGCUACCGUUCGAGAACCAGCUCGUCUGCUACGAUUUGCGUGGUGAUCAGUUGGUUGGGUUGCUGGAACAUGGUGCCGAGCUGUCUUGGGAUGAGCAUCGGUUCAAUGCGAAGAAUCUGAUGCACGUUUCCGGUUUGCGUGUCGUGUACAACGUCACCAAUCCGAUCGGUCAUCGAGUGCUAUCGGUGGAAGCCUUAUGUCAGGAUUGUUCCGUACCGAGUUACGCACCGGUUGAGCUGUUCAAGAUGUACCGUGUGGUCACCGUAUCGUAUCUGGCUGAGGGUGGAGAUGGAUUCGAGAUUUUCCCGAGAUAUGGAAAAAAUAGAAUCGUCGCCCCAAUGGAUGAUGUACAGGCGUUCGAAGAUUACGUGAAACCAAGAUCACCCGUUGCACCCGUGCUGGAGGAACGUAUUCAAAUCCUUACCUAGAGUUGAAAUCGGUGGUAUGAAAAGAGUGAAAUAUAGAUGAAUCCAACAAAUGCUUAACUAUGCCGGAAUUUUACUCACGUGCCUCAGUUGUAACAGCAUUCGUGAUCGACGGAUGACUAUGCGAGUUCUAUACAUUAACCCUCUGUUUUGUGAUUGAAGUUUAUAAUCCUCCAUUAUCUUGAAGACACCUCCUCUUUCAAGAUGAUACAAAUAACUUGUUUAUUUCCUUAAGUAUGCGUCUCAGUAUCUUAUCUCCUAACACCGUUCACCUAGCCAAUUGAAGACAAUCGUCGUUAUCUCGUGCCAAACCAGCUGAUGACGAUAAUGAUGUCCACAAAGCUAUUAUUAAUGUCUAUGGCUCUUCUUCG